UCCUCAACCGCAUCCUCAACCUUUUUCUUUUCCCUUUCUUCGCAUCGCCAUUUGAGCUUGUUCUACUUUUCCAAUCCUGCUUAACACCUCCAAUUCAGAUAAUUACUCCCUUAUUGACAUUUACCCGUGAUCUAUAGUACCCAGCCAUCCCAAUACACCCUCACCGACACAUUCACCGAAAUGGCGCCUAAAGCAAUCAUUGCGCCCUCCAUCCUCGCUGCUGACUUCAGCAAACUCGGCCCCGAAUGCGCUACCACCAUGGAGCGUGGUGCCGACUGGCUGCACGUUGAUAUCAUGGAUGGCCAUUUCGUCCCCAACAUCACAUUCGGUCCCGGCAUGGUUGGCGAGAUCCGAAAGUUUGUCACGAAACCCACAGAGAAACACGGCCGAGGAACAUUUGAUUGCCAUAUGAUGGUUGCAGAGCCUAAGAAAUGGGUAAAAGAAUUCAUCAAGAGCGGCUGCGACCUCUACUGUUUCCACUACGAAGCUGCGUUUUCCUCGGCUGCCGAAAACCCCGAAGAUGUUACCGACGAAAAGACGAACCCUAAAGACCUGAUUCGGUAUAUCCACAGCCAAGGAAUCCUUGCCGGUAUCGCCAUUAAACCUAGCACCUCUGUCGAUGUCCUGUGGGAGCUCCUCGAGACCGCAGACCCUGCGGAACGCCCGGAUAUGGUUCUGAUUAUGACUGUCAACCCUGGCUUCGGUGGCCAAAAGUUCAUGGCUUCUGAGCUGCCCAAGGUGCAAGCCCUCCGCGAAAAGUACCCCGAUCUUAACAUUGAAGUCGAUGGUGGCCUUGGCCAUGGAACUAUCGACCAAGCUGCAGAGGCUGGCGCAAAUGUUAUUGUGGCUGGUAGCGCUGUCUUCCAGGCACAAGAUCCCGCUGCCAUGAUUAAGCUGCUCCGCAAGGCUAUCGAGGACAGAAGCUUUGUCGACAGCGCAAAAUUGUAAAGGAUGUAAUAAUUUAAUACCACCGACAUAUCCUGAAGGAGUUUAUGAUUACGAAAAUAGAAGAAUAUACGAAACAUAUAAUAUCAUGACUUGUGAGCAAGAUUUAUGUACUCUUUACGUGGACCCAGGGACAGAUUCUGCUGAUGUCAAAAGCUUAUCCAUAACGCCGAUAAGACCUUGGAUUUCCUCUUCUAUGUAAUGAUUAGCAUACCAAGGUCUUAUAAGAUAUAUAAUGAUUUCAACUUACCAGUGUUGUAGUGAACCAUGCUAACACGAAUGACGCCCUCCGAACCAAGUUGUAGGGGCCCACGAACUAGGCGAUUAGAAUAAAACGCUCCCCAUCGGAUGCCAUAGUUGCCUAGCUUCUCUGUUGCCUCUACAAACUUCUUGGAGCUCCAGCCACGGAUAGUGAAGCUAACGAUGGGAAGGCGGACUUGAGAAUCACCAGUCUUGGAUCCGUAUAUGGUGACAUCAGGCCUCUGCGCGAGAUACUCGAGCAAUUUUGUCUGUAGUUUUGCCUCGUGAUCGAUUAUACCAUCCCAGUUGAUGUUUGUGUUUGACGUCAGGUAUUCAACAACCGAAGGUACCGCUUGGAUAAGCUCGUAGCUUGCCGCAGCCAGACCAAGUUUAUCAGCAAGGCUAACAUGCGGAUUAAAGAAAUGGCCCAAGGACUUCAUCUUCAGUUGGGCAGACCAACUGGCAUACAGCAUUGAUACGUGCGGACCGUAUACCUUGUACCAAGAGAAGCAGUAGAAGUCCACCCCCAAGAGCUUCAUGUCAAUAGGCCGAUGUGGUGCCAAGGCAACGCCAUCGACACAGACCAAAGCGCCAUAUUGAUGUGCCAGCUCGGAAAUGCUGCGGACAUCAGUAAUCGUUCCAAGUACAUUGCUAGCAUGUGUCAAGGUCACCAGCUUCGUUUUAGACGAAAGAAGAGGCAGGAGGUUAUCAGGCUUCAAUGCGGGGUCAUUGCCCGAAGGCUCCCACCACUUGAUGACAAGUUUCUGGCGUUGUGCAAGAUCGACCCAUGGAGCAAUGUUGGAUUCAUGAUCAAGGGCUGAAAUAACGAUUUCGUCCCCCUCACUAAACUGGAGCGUCCAGGAUAGGUUGCGGAAUAGUUGUGUGGUGGACGCGCCGUAUGCAAUCUCGUCGACGUUGGCGUUGACGUAUCGUGCACUCGCCUCGAAUGCUAUUUGAUACCGAUCCGUUGCCUUGGUACCGACGUUAUACGAGGCACCCAACUGAACAUUGGUGUCCAUCAGGUAGCGCCGGAUAUCUUCAAUCGACUGGCCCAGGGUCUGGCUACCACCGGCAUUGUCAAAGAAGACUUGGUCUUGCUGAAGAGCAGGGAACGACUUCCUCACAUAAUCGAUAGGAAAUGCCAUGUUUUCUCAGUCAGAAAGCCAGCAUACGGGU